UUUAGGUGAGAGAAAUCUGUCUUCAAAUAUCCCAGCAAGUUAUACCAUUCUGUGUGUUUGUCUUCCUCUUGUUCUUAAUGAGUCUUUACCUUUUAAUGUUAACUAAACGUUCUCCAGGCUUGAUUGUGGUUCCAUUCUGCAGCAACAGAUUAUAUGUAAUUGAAAUAUAUUGCUCUCCAUUAUCAGCAAUCUGACGUAGCACACAGUGAUCUGUAUAUUGUAUUUGUGUACAUGUGUAAACAGAAUAUCUCCCAUUUCCAUGCAGUUGCGCUCUCCCCAAAAGAGAAACAUGCAAUGCUGGACAGACCGAAAAGCAUCACUUUCAAAGAGAAGUUAUUUUACCUGGACCUCCCUCACAACAAGAGCACCCAAUUCCUUACUAAAGCUAUCUGCCGAUUAGGAGGGGUUAUCGAGGGCUUUCUGAGCAGGGAUGUUAAUUAUGUGGUGACUGGGAGCAGAAAGGCUUUGGAUAAUGUUAAUGGAAGCUCAGUGACCAGUAGAAGAGGUGGGCACUGUAAACGGCAAGCUGCGGAGAAUGUAGAGCCAGCUCUGUGUCGUGGGAAGCAGUUAUUGAAGAAAGCAAUCCAAAACCAGGAGCGCAGCAAUGUGUUGGCCAAUGCUCAUUCUUGGGGAGUCUGUAUCCUCCAAGUGGAUGAGGUUCUAGAGCAUUUCACACACAGUGCUUCUAAGACUGCAGUGGAGAAAGGUGGUGCAAAAGGUGUAAAAACUGUUAAAGUUGCUAAACUGAAGAGUCCAUUUCUGAAGAUUGAGGACCAGAGCCGGAAGUACCGUCCACUCCAGUGCUGCUUUUCCAGCUUUCCUGAGAUUUCCUUCAUCUCUUCAGGCAGGAGCCCCUUUGAGACUGCCCAUACUAACAAUAGUACACCCAAGGAAAAAGAUGCCGGAGACCAGGAUGACGGAGAGAGGAGCCCGAGACCACAUACCAGGGAGAAAAGUGGCUUCUGUGAGUGCUGUCGGGUGGCCUACACCAAACUCAGUGAGCACCUGAUUAGUGAGCAGCACAGUCAGUUUUCUCUGGAUAACUCCAAUUACAAAGUAAUCGAUGACAUUGCCAGCAACAUGAUGUGUGACCUUAUGGAGUAUCCUUGUGGGAUUAUGCCUGUCAUGGAGGGAGUUGUUGCUGAUGGCCCAUUCAAUAUAGAAGACACUCAGGUUCCCGUUUUAAAGGAGAGCAAAAUGGUGGUGCAUGAGGUACUAUGUGAAGGAAAUAGUGCUGUAACUCCUGUGGAAGAAAACUAUGCAGCACAUGUGAGUGAGGAACACAUGCCGGAUAUAGUACAAAGACAGCCUGUAAAGAAUGCUUCUCCCAGUGAAUGGGAAGAGAAUAUGGAUGUAACCAAGAAUGAUGGAGACCCUGUAGAAUGCAAUGGCCAGAUAAACACAUUUGCAGAAGACACAAAUAAUAGUUUGAUACAGUGCAAGGGGCAAUUACAAGAAAUCUGUGGCGUAGAAGUAGCUUCUCAUGUGGAUUUGGUCACAGAGGUCUCCUGGUACACAGAGGAGGCUGGGUUGACCUCUGUAUAUACUGUGCAGUCAUUAGUCAUUCCUCCAGAUGGGCAACAUGCACAAAUGACUAUGGCAAAUGCAGUAGCAACAUUUUCCCCACCAUUGCUCCUUAGCCCCCUGGCAGAUACACAAGGUGAUUUGGGGCCUGAAUGCCCAUGUGAAGCCCACAAUCCAUCAGUAUUGCAAGAUUCUCUUCCUGGCACACAGGUUUCGAACAAUGAUGGUGCCCACUGUAGUGAAUUACUGGUAGAGCAGAUGUCGGUGUUGGAAGUUGGCGAACAACUUCAAGGAAUUGCAGAGCCCUCUGCUGGAAAUCUUUGUGGGGUUCAUUUACUGGAUGCCUUUUUACAGCUGCCAGCUGGGGAGAGGAGACCUGAAGAAAUGGUAAAUGUACAGCUGGGCUCCAUAAGACUGCAUGAACAGCUGCUAUCUGUUGACCAGAAUGACCCUUUAAUAAAUGCUUCCGCUAGCUUGCCCACACCAGUGGAUAGAGCUUUAUGUCAGGAACAUCUAAAUGUAAUCCCUUUGUAUGAAGGUCCAGCAGACACUUUAGUAGUAAACCCCCCUAGCUCCACACUUCUGACAAAAAAUUCUGACAGAGAAGACCAGUUGGUCCAUGGUUUAGUAGACACGUCAGGUACCAUUCCUUCUGGGAAUGAGGCCAGUGCCCCAGAGCAAACGCUAGAUGUGAUAACAUUGAGUCACCACCCUGCAGACGUGGUGCACAACACUACACCUUUAGACAAAGCCAGUGCACCACAGAAUAAUCGGCUAAAUGUAAUGCCCUUGCACCAAGGAUCUGCAGUAACGCACAGCUCUAGACCAUCGGUUAACGAGGCCAGCACUCCAGAGCAGAGUGAGCUACAAUCUACUACAGACUUUUGUAGAGGUAAACGAAAGCAUAGCUGCUCAAGUCCCCCACCUGCCAAGAGACGGUCCUACCAAUGCAAACCAUUGUCACUGCCUGCGUGGGCUUUUCACCAGCUUCCUAAUUCUGGUCUUGAGCAUGUUGCAAAUGAUCUCCCCAACAAGAAGAAAAGCAAGAAGAAAUUUGUGACAAAUGAGGACACUGUUGAUUCCCUCAACCAUUACUUUAACCCCAAACUCAUCCAGUACAAUGCUUCAUCUGAGUCAGACUGGGAUUCAGGACUUCUGUCUCAGCAACAGUGUAAGCACCAACAAGGUGCACAACUUGGAGACUUGCGUACAGCCCAGGUCAAUCUGGAUGAGAGCUGGUAUGGGAGAGAGCUUGGCUCUGUGCUGGCCCAGGACCAGAGCUUGGGCUCUCAUUCUACCACACAGACUGUCACGUUGGCACAAUACAUCUUAUGACCUUUAUCUUAGUGGGGUGGCAUCUAAGGAAUAAAUUGACAAAGAACUUCUACUUUUUAAUGACAAAAGUUUACUGCUGAUAAAGGAAAGUGUCGUUUUCUUUAUCGGAGGACACUGGUUGGUUGAAUCCCUCACCUAGCUACUAUCUCGGCAAGGUUUUCUUGACCUCAGCUCUCCAUGAUUUAAAAUUAAAAAUUUCAGGAGAAGGCUCCUCUCAUAAUGGCCAUAGUGAGAGGUUGUCGGUGCUUGGACUUGGCUGCAGAGAUCUCACCACUGAUGUUCCUGACCUAUACAAGUUCUUAAAAAAAAAAAAACAUAUAUCAGAUUUGGCCUUUCUCUUUUUUUUUUUUUUUUAAUUGCUUCAGUCUCUGAACCUUAAAUCGAUCCCGCCCCCCAUCCUUGUGUAUUUGCCUUGCUUACGUUAAGUCCAUUAUUGUGUAUUUUUCUAGCUCGGUCUCUCUCCCUCCCUCCCUCUUUCCGGGAUAGAUAUGCCGGUGAGCCCUCUGCUUUUACCCAUAGCUAUUAACUGCAUCUUAAUGACUCCUAAUGGCUCGGAGAAGUUGUAGCUGGAGUUUAAAUGUCUGCUUUUAAAGCCUGCGAAGAGCAAGAUGAUUGUAAAAAAUAAAUAAAAAUCUCUUCCCCA